ACUAGUGGCGACAGGAGUGAGCCUUUGCAGUGCUAAUCCAUGAGAAUGACGUUCUAGAUCUAGCUAGCAGCCAUGUUUUUGCGGGAGUAGAAUCAGAAUGUGAUUCCUAUGGGGGAGGGAAGUCGCUUCAUGUUAGCUCUCUUUGACGCCAAAUGAUUUUGUUUUGAAUCGUGUAUUCAUAUCACUCGGUUAACGUUUACAAACAUGUCGGAAGAAAUUGAUGAAACACAGACUGGAGAGACGGUGGUUGGGGAGCAGAAAGAGAUUGACAACAAGAUGAUCAGUCCAGAGAAGGUAGAGGAAGCUAAACUGAAGACUAGAUACCCUCACCUGGGCGCCAAGCCAGGAGGCUCUGACUUCCUGAGGAAGAGACUGCAGAAAGGGCAAAAGUACUUUGACUCAGGCGACUACAAUAUGGCCAAGGCCAAGAUCAAGAACAAGCAGCCUCCAAUGGCACCCACAGAGAAGGCUGAGAUCACAGGGGACCACAUUCCCACCCCUCAGGACUUGCCCCAUAGGAAACCCUCCCUGGUGGCCAGCAAGCUAGCCGGCUGAUUAAGCUCAGCCUCCAGCUCUCCCUUCCCCUUUGUUCAUGUCUCUCACAUGUUCCAUGUAAUCACUGUCCAACCUUUUUCUGGUUUCUUUUUGUUGAUGUCUGUUGUUUCGGCUGUCAUACGUAUCAUUGUCCAAAUACACUGAAAAUAGCAUCUCACAGUUGGGCAUGGGCUCAGGUCACAGCAUCCCACUAUGCAGACGAUGUUAUUUAAUGACGGGUGGGGCCAGUCUUUUGGCCAAGUUAAAAACACUAAGUAAGAAACACAUAGGCGGUCUGAAAGGAUAUUCUUGUGCUGUAGUUCUUUUACAUGAAACUGUACAUAAUCACCUAGUGUCAAAACAUGGAGGAUACAGAAUUAAGCAUACAGAGACAAUUUUUGACCUGUCAAUCAUUCAAAACUCCUUUAUGUCUAUCACGCUACAAGAUAACAUGCCUGAAUGAUUAAAUGUAUCCCCUGAGAAUGUCCUCCAUGUAAUGUCAUGUAUAUGCUCUGUUUAUUUGUUUGUUUGUUUUGUGUCCUUUUUAAAAAAAAUAAUAAACAUUUAUGGUUGAUGACAACAAAUGGCCUGCACUGCUACUGCUGGAGUCAUGUAUAUGGAAACAAACAGCUUGCAUGAUUAACGGUUGUGAACGGCCUGCCCUUCGCUUGCCUCUCUGCAAGGUCUUUGAAAGCUCUAGUCGCGACACUAUGUUUGGGCAGUUCUGCUUCCAGCCUUCAGAAUACUCCAAAAAAUGUACAGUUCUACUGGAAUUUUUGCUGAAAGGUUUUGACAUUGCUUACAGUGAGAUUCAGUAGGUGGCCCAAAAGACUAAACAGAAAUGGCUGGAAGUAUGCAUGUGCAUUGACAGCAGUCACUUUUGUGCCAUUUGUUUUGUAAAUAAAAUAGUUUUACACAAA